AUGAGACUCUUUGAGAUGGCAGUAGCCAUCGAUCCACAUCACGGAUUCAAGCCGUUUAACCGAUCCCAGAAAUGCAGACUCCAAUCCUUCACUCAGUUUGACUACAAUAUUCUUGAACUUAAUCAAACCAAUCUUGCUCACUCCUUAAAACAAGCUUUCGAAGUUGCUAAUAUUCACAGAAGCUUCUCCACCCCUUGCCUUUCUUUAGCCAAUAAUGUGGAGGACGAAUUUGACACCAAUCAGCGGAUUGAAAUUGUUGGCGGCAGAGGAGCUCCACGGGUGCGCGCCCUUGUUGUUGAGGUUGCUAUAGCUCUGGCCUCUGGUGUUGAACCAAUUCCUGUCUCAGGUGGCCUUGGUGGUGCUUACUUUUUGCCUGGCCGAAAUGGUGACAUUAUUGCUGUGGCAAAACCAAUCGAUGAAGAGCCUUUAGCCUUCAAUAAUCCUAAAGGGUUCGGGGGUUUCAUGGCAGGCCAGCCUGGUCUUAAACGCUCAGUUCGCAUAGGGGAAACUGGAGUCCGAGAACUUGCUGCUUAUCUUCUUGACCAUGAUGGAUUUGUUGGUGUUCCUCCUACAGCUUUAGUCAAAAUCUCUCCUGUUGGGUUCAAUGUUAAUGAUUCAUCUCCAAUUUCAAACACACCCUUUAAGAUUGCCUCACUUCAACGCUUUGUAGAUCACGAAUACGAUGCAGGCGAGUUAGGUCCUUCCAGCUUCUCAGUAGCGUCAAUUCACCAGAUCGGUAUUUUUGAUGUACGAGUUUUAAACCUUGAUAGGCAUGCUGGAAAUAUGCUAGUUAAGAAACAUGAUAGGCAUGAAAAUUAUGGUGGUGAGGCUGCAGAGCUUGUGCCCAUAGACCAUGGAUUAUGCUUGCCUGAGUGGCUUGAUGAUCCAUAUUUUGAAUGGCUGCAUUGGCCUCAAGCUUCAGUACCCUUUUCAGAGUCUGAACUUGAGUACGUUAGCAAUCUUGAUCCGUUCAAAGAUGCAGAGAUGUUAAGAGCCAAACUUCCUUCUUUAAGGGAGUCAUCGAUCCGGGUCCUAAUCCUUUGUACCAUUUUCCUGAAGCAAGCUGCUGCUGCUGGUCUUUGUCUAGCUGAAAUAGGUGAAAUGAUGACCAGGGAGUUCUGUGAUGAAGAAAAUUUGAGUGUGUUAGAGACUGUUUGUGCAAAAGCUAAGGAAAAAGUAAUGAAUAUAUUAGAAGAUGAGAAGGAGGAGGAGGAGGAAGAAGAAGAGGAAAAUAAUGAUGAAAACAAAGAAACUGAACAAGAGUUUGAAAUGUUUCAAUUCGAAAUUGAAAAUGAGGACAGUUCCCAUGAUGUUAUGGAUCUUCCUCAGCCCUUACAGAACCCAGCUGACAUGUUUAAUGCAACCAAAACCAAACGGUUCUUAUCCGUAAGAGCAAUGCCGCGGUUACAAGACCCUGCAUUGUUUCCCUUAUAUGAGGAAAACGUCCCUGACAAUGGUGACGAUGACGAUGAUGAAAGUGAUUCAAAAUCCAUCAAAGAAAAGAGUGGUAAUGGUGAGAGUGACAACAACAAAGUAGGAGGAUUUGCAAAGAGCAUGAGUUUCUCAGUGAGAAGUUACAAUUGUGAAAGUGGGGGAACAUGUUUUGGAGAGAUGAGUGAAGGUGAAUGGGAAGUGUUCUUGAAAACAUUUGAGGAAGGUCUGCCUCAAGUAAUUGAGGAAACAAAGUGCAUGACAUUGAAACAAAGGUUGGGAACUUCGUGCAAGUUCUGA